AUGGCGAAAGCAAAUCCUCGACUUAUGCUGUUUAAAGAUGCAUAUGGGGGAACUCCUCUUCACUGGGCGGCAUUCAAAGGUGAUCUUGAUGCAGUUGGCUUCCUUUUAAGCAUAUCUAGAUCAACCAUCUUUGAAAAAGACCAUCGUGGCUACUUUCCAAUUCACAUUGCAUCCAAAGCAGAUAAUGUAAAGGUAAUAAAAAUGCUGGUUGAGCGCUGGCAUGAACCAGAAGAGCUGCUCACUACAGAAGGUAGAAAUAUUCUUCAUGUGGCAGCCAUGAAUCGAAGUGACAACGUGGUCAGAUACAUAUUGGCAACUCCUGAGCUAAGGAAGCUUUUGAAUGAGAGAGACAUCAAUGGAGACACUCCAUUACAUUUGGCAGCAGGUUACUGUCAUCCUGGAGUUGUGCUUUCGCUCACACGCCAAAAGGGAAUCAACUUGAAUUAUCUCAACAAUGAAAUGUUAACUCCUUUUGAUGUUUAUUGCAAGUACAAGGACAUCGCCUUUUUCGAAGAGAUGAAACUGCAAAACGGUAUAACGUUUUGUGCUUUAAGUUCAGCCGGGUGUGAGCAAAGUUUGGAUUUAAACACACACAAGGAAAAGCGAAUUGUUACCAUGCUGCCAAACCCAGCUAAAAUUCAAUGGAUGAAGGACCAAGUUGGAGCUCUGUUAACGGCAGGAACGCUUGUGGCCACAGGCACCUUUACUGCUGGAUUCGCCUUGCCCGGUGGUUACAAUAGCCCUGAUAAUAACCCAGACAAAGGAACAGCAACAAUGAUAAACAAUCAUAUGUUUCAAUUGUUCAUGAUUUGCAACACCGCCUCUUUCUAUUGCUCCAUCAUCUGCAUUUUGUGCUGUUCUUAUGCAUUGCUUGGUGAUGUCUAUCCAGCUGUAAAGGCUCUCAGGCUUGCAGGAAAACUUUUCGGAGUAGCUCUUCCAAUGAUGUCUCUGGCGUUCAUGGCUGCACUGCAUGUAGUAACAGGCAAACUUUCUUGGCUCGCCUCUCUCAUUCUCAUCAUGGGAACCAUCUCUCUUGUCAUUCUUUUUACAGACUCCAUAAUAAGUUUGGCUCCACUUGACUGGAAUCUGCCUCUGGUGCGUUCUGUCUCCUACUGCAUCUGUCGACUAUUGGUUUUCGUAUUUUUAAGAGAAUAUGAUGCUGAACCUCCUGCUUACUUAUCGGAAAAAUCCGGCAGCAAGAAUAAGAAAAAAAAAUCUAAGAAAAAAAAAUCUAAGGACAAGGUUGAAAAAGAAAGUAGCAGCAAGAAUAUGAAUGAGAAAUCUAAGGACAUGGAUGAAAAAGACGAAUAA